GGUGCGGAAGGAAGGAAACGCAAAAAGAAAAAGAAUCCGGUGGCGAUGGAGCUAACAGCGGAGGAGCUGAUACAAUACAACGGCACGGACCCAUCGAAGCCCAUAUACGUGGCAGUCAAGGGCCGCGUCUUCGACGUGAGCAACGGCAAGUCGUUUUACGGUCCUGGAGGUCCCUACGCCAUGUUUGCCGGCAAGGACGCCAGCCGAGCUCUGGCCAAGAUGACCAAGAACGAAGAAGACAUCACCGCCGACCUCCAGGGCCUCUCCGACAAGGAGAUCGGCGUCCUCACCGACUGGGAGAACAAGUUCGUAGCUAAGUACCCUGUUGUUGGCCGUGUUGUUUCUUGAAUCCAAUUUUAGUUUAAUUUCAAUCCCAAUAAGGGCCUUUUGCUUCUGGCUCCAACCAUGAGAUCUUGGAUGUUUACUAUGCUUAUAAGUGGAUGAAUUCUAUUUGCUUUUGUGUAUUCUAAUCAAAAUACUACUGAAAUGUGUAAAAUGCUGUACCUUUGCUAUCUG